UUUUUUCUGUUUGACUCUUGUAACUACCAUAGUGAUAGUUGUCGAGUAGCAACCACCUCUUUCUCUACUACUUAUUCCUUUUUAUAACCCUACAGUGCCUUAUUUCCGUCCAAAACCAAUUCCACGGAUUAUCCAAUAAUCUUUUUAUCUGCAUCAACUACGCGAUCCUACGCAAUCCUUCAACGUGAUAUCUUACAUACUCACUGUUUCGACGCAAUGCGUGCUGCUUUAGGUGGUGGAGCCGCGCGACCUGGCUCUUCCGGAGAUGGUUCUGCGACAGGUUCACAGUCUCUUCCCAGACUGAAGAUGAGCCUCUCAAAAAAUACGGAUUCCUCUGCAGGUGGAGGUGGAUCGGCAGGAAAAGUCGGUGGAGGAAAGGGAUUCGCAACAGGACCCGCAAUGAGCACUAAGCCCAAUAAGCCUUCAUAUAUUGUUUCGGGUACCCUAAAAGAUUCGAAGCCGACGGAUGACUUCCAGAAUCAGGAUAUUGGCUCUAGCUAUCGCGGCAGUGUCCAGUUCCGAAGCGACCUGUUCGCCAAACAGUGGAACAAAACCCAGGCCUUGUCUCAGCGACCAGCUGACAAGUACCACUCAACUCUGUCUGUCGACAACAUGGAUACCGUCUCGAACGCCAUCGUGUACGAAAAGGAUCGGGCACUGUGGAAGGAGAAAGUUCUACGAGAUGAGCUACCAGUGAAUCCAGCUGAAGCAACUGAUGCUAAGUACUCAUAAUUGUUCGAAAAAUGUUGAUUGCUUGAGUAAGGAAAUUAGAUCUAAUCCAUCUAUAUAGUUCAACCAACACUUCCCAGUCUACCCGGUAGGUCCGAUGACGAUGCAACAUCUUCUACCUCGUCCAUGAUCAGGUACAAGCAAGACUUGGACGUCCGACUAGAGGCAGAAGCUGCUAGAAAAAGCAUGAUGGCCCGUGCAAAAUGGAAUCAAUCAAAGAAGAUCAGGGAGAUGAUGGGCAUGUUUGGAAUGAUGGCUGACCUAGGAGGCCUGGAUAAAAGCGAGUUUUGUUAUGAAUUAAUUCAAAGUCUUCGUCUUGUUUCUAGUAUGUGUAUGCACUACUAUUUUGUAGAAGUAGCCAUUAUAGGAGGAUAAAGAAAAGCUUCUCAAAAGCUCCAUAUUGGAAUGCGAAACGAAGAAAAUGCUUUUGGGUGUUGCAAUGUACUAGGUGUAGCAGCAUCAUUUCUAAUGCUUGCGAGCUCCACCACCGAAGGGCGCAAAGAACGAUAAGAAGGGCAACAAGCGAUCCAUGUUUCCAACGGGAGGUGACACUGGCGAAAAAGAGGACGAGGAAGAGGAGAAAACCAAGUGGCAUGAGCGCUCACCUUAUGCCCGUAAGGGUGACGUCUUCCCGAUGGCGCAGGAUGUCCCGCCUCUCAUGUGUCCGGAAGGAAGUGCGCCCAGACCGGACGACAUCAUCUACAAUAAGAACGCGAAGCUGCACAAAGAAAAGACCUGUGUGGUGCCGAAACUGAUGGGUACCAUGCUUGUAAUCCUGUUGCAUGAGGCCAUACGCAUGUAGGUCUGCGCCAAUCUACACCUACAUCAGUUUUUCUUUCUUUUUCACCACUCAAGCUACCCUAUGACAAACAUAUCCGUACCCGACGUUCCUUACCUUCUUUCAACAUCACUCCUUCAGAACCGUAUGAUCAACACAUUCGUCCGGGAACGCGAGAGCAGAGUCAGGCUGGCCACUCAUUUUUGGUACGACACCCAUUAAAGCGCCCUCCUGCACUGAGUGCAAAAGAAGCAUGCGAACUGCUAGAGGAAAUGGGGGCCGCCAGGCAGAUCGUUUGUCAUUUUGAUUAUGGCUCUCGGGAUUUUAGCAUAUUCGCUAUCCUCUUCGGUUGCUUUUUGGUGGAUGAGGAAUUGCUACAGAAGAAAGAAGUACUAAACUUUUAGGUGUACCUAGAGCUGAUUAGGGCAUGGCCUUCUAUUGCUACAAAAACUCGUACUCGAAUAUGUAAGACACAAUAACAAGAUGGAAAAAGCAAAAGAAUUUUCCGAAAAUGUAGAUGCAAUUCCUCGACGUCUGCUUUAUGGGCGUUUUAAUAUUGCGUUUCACGUCGACGUCGUUCUUGGUAAUCUUCGUACAACUUCUAAUCUCGGGAUGCGCAUUUACAAGACGUUCUCGCUGCUUUGGAGCAGAUGCAUGCCGACCAGCGUACGCAGCAGCAGGGAUGCGAUGCUAUGGACCGUCUGUUGAAGAUGAUCAUGACUGACCGACCUGAAUGGCGACAGAAGAUGGCGGUGUUGACGAAGAGCCAAAUGCUGCGACGAAAAAUCUUGGACGUGCUGCCGCCAGGUGGGAGACAGGUUGGAUCUGCUAUGCUGGGAGCCACGCAUCCGUGGCGCAGCGCGAUCAAGAAGCGCGAUGGAAAGAUUUGGCGUGCGAAUGACGAAAACACUUGGCCGCACUACGCGUUGGCGCAGGGACUGUAAUAUUCUAUUUUCAACCUUUUACUUAAACUUAAUCAAGUCAUGAUCUUACAUUCUUAAUCUUAUCUAUGUCUUUGAUUUUCAUCCUGAUACUAGAAGUGCGUAGUCUGCUCGGGUCUAUCACAGAUUUUUUUAGUCUCCUCAACAUGAACAUCGUUCCUGCUUCCCUAUGUUCCUCAUGACUUCUUCUACCACCACCUCGCUUCUCCACCAGGCUUGCGUCGGACCACAACUGGCCCAAGGUUGACCCCGUGACCGGCACUUUGUCUCGCAAAUUCGAUGAUGAUAAGACGAGACUGCCAGCACCAGUGGAAAUGAUGAAGCAACAUCCGAAGCUGGAUAAUUGCCCAAGCUACUCCUUCGGAAAGGAGAAGAGACGUGUCAUUGCUGAUCCAAUCCACGACAUUUGGACCGAAGUUUACUGCCCACAAACCAAGAACUCAACACCAGGACCCGGAGACUACAGCGAGGCAAAGGGCAUUUGCAAGGUCAGGAAAAUAAUAUUGAUACUACAAUUAGAAAGCAGAAUUUUGCUGAGUGUUGUUCGAGAGAUCUUUUAGGAUGCUUUGGCUGUUAUUUCUCUACGAAAAUCACUAUCACCAUCACGUCUACUUGAUGGUGUCUACUCCAUCUUUAUGAUGAAUUCUUCUAUGCGUAUGCAACCAAUACAGGUUCCGUGGAUGCUGAACGAGCGCGUUGUGCUUGGAAGCAACGAGAAGUAUGGCUGCCAGGGCAUGCUGAGCGACGACAUUACGCGUUUGGGCCAGCACGCUUGUAGUCCUGUCUACUCCUUCCCGCAGAAGUCGCAGUACCGCAGCGUCGCACAAGGUGUGCACAUGGUCCAGAGCGCCGCUAAGAGCGAUGGCGGCAACCUGUCUCCGGGAUUGGCCUACGAGGCCUACGGUUCGUUCCGCGUGAAGGAAAGCGCGCGCGAGGACAACCGACCGGCGCGCUGUCAGUCCUUCAAUAUCGUUGAUAAGGCCAUUGGAAAGGGCAAGAAAUACGAAGUCGGAGGCAGACCGUAUAGAUAGUUUUUUCAGUAGUACUUGUGCUAGAGAUAACUACACAAUUUCGUCGACUCCGUGAAGAUCGUGGCUCAGCCUACGGCAGUUGGUACAAGCAAAAACAUUCACCAUCUUUUUGGUUUGAUAAACAUUGGUGUAUGUAGGUGUAGGUUCUAAACAUCAGCAUAAUAUUGAAAUAACAACGAGCAGUCGCAGAGAAAAACAGAACGAUAAUUCAUGAUACACAACAUUCUUAGCUAACUAUUCCUUCAGAUGAAAUGUCUUCAAAUCUAUAUUGGACCACGGGAGUGUGGUGCGUAAACAUUUCACGGGGUAGCAUAUUGACGACUUAUUAUUUCAGCAUAUUCAUACCAUUUUUAUUGAUAAUUUGCAAGAUAUACAAUAAUCAAAAUGAAUUUGAAGAUAACAAAAGCAUACAAAGAACAAGACAUAGUGAUCAGUGGGUGUUUUCGUAGAAAAAAUAGCACUAGAGUUUGAAUUAGAAUUACGUAGCUGUGAUAACAGGGUGGUUUUCGUUAUGUCAUAAACCUACAGUUAUAGCAAUAGCAUAAACAUGACAACGUGAGAUUCCAGAAAAUCGAACCGAUAGAUACUACAGAUGUGACAUUUAAGCGAGAUCCGGUAA